AUGCCCCGGAGAAAGGCUGCUGCGGCUCCCGCCGUCUCGCCGCUGGACGGCUGCGUUGUCGCCAUGAGCGGCAAGUUCGACGCCUCCAAGCACACCCACGCCUCUCUCGAGCAGCUCAUCAGGUCCCUGGGCGGCAGCGUCACCAAGAGCGUUGCCAAAACCACAACCCACGUCGUCUGCUCCGAGGACGACUACAAUAGCAACUCGGCAAAGGUCGCUGCUGGCAGGGCCAAGGACUUGCCCGUGGUCAGUCCGGAGUGGAUCUUUGAGGCUGAGAAGCUGAACAAGACGGUCGAUCCUCAGCCGUACGUCUGGGGCAGCGACAAAGCUGCCGACCCACAAGCCAAUGGCAAGAAGCGGCCCAUCAUGGUGUCCAAGAGCGAUGAGGAGGAGGAGGAGGAGCCCGAGCCCAAGAAGGCCAAGACCAACGGCUCCAAGGCGGCCAAAGGGGCAAAGGGCAAGGCAAAGGCCGAUGCUGAGCCUGAACCCGAGCCCGAGGCCGAGGAGAUCAAGGAGGAGAAGCAGGUCGCCGAGGGCCAGUUCAUCAAGAAGAAGGAUGCGGCCAUCCCGGUUGACGAGUACUGCCCGAUGGUCAACCAACAGGUGCACAUUGACGCUGACACUGGGCUGAUAUACGAUGCUUCUCUCAACCAGACGAACGCAUCCCACAACAACAACAAGUUCUACCGCAUCCAGGUCUUAUAUGACGGCAAGUCAAAGCAGUACAAGACAUGGACGCGCUGGGGCCGUGUUGGAGAGGUCGGGCAAAGUGCCCUUCUCGGCAACGGCAAGGUCGAAGACGCAAUCAAGCAGUUUGAGAAAAAGUUCAAGGACAAGUCUGGCCUAUCCUGGGAAAACAGGGGCGAGAACCCGAAGCCGGGAAAGUAUGCAUUCGUCGAGCGAAGCUACAAUCCAGACUCGGACGAUGAAGACGACAACGAAGCUGAUGACAAGGCCGUCAAGAAGGAGGAGGACGACGAGGAAGAGGUCAAGCCGGCAGAGUGCACUCUUGAGCCCCAAGUCAAGUCCCUCAUGGAGCUCAUCUUCAACCAGCAGUACUUCCAGGCCACCAUGACUGCCCUGAACUACGACGCGAACAAGCUCCCUCUGGGAAAGCUGAGCAAAGCCACCAUUACGCGCGGUUUCCAGCAGCUCAAGGACCUCGCGGCCCUGAUGGAUGAUGCUACGCUGGCGGCGAGCAGAUGGAACACGACGGUGGCCCAGGCCACGGAGAUGCUGUCCAACAUGUACUACUCCAUCAUUCCGCAUGCCUUUGGCCGCAACCGCCCCCCCGUCAUCCGAGACAACGUGAUGCUCAAGAAGGAGAUUGAGCUGCUGGAGAGCUUGUCCGACAUGAAGGACGCAGCAGACAUUAUGAAGAUUGACCGCAAGUCAACGGACAGCAUCCACCCCCUCGACAAGCAGUUCCAGAGCCUGGGCCUCAACGAGAUGACGGUCCUCGACCACGCCAGCAGCGAGUUCGAGCACCUCGAGGCCUACCUGCACGGCUCCCGCGGCGAGACCCACGGCCACAGCUACAAGGUCCAGGACAUCUUCCGCAUCGAGCGGCAGGGCGAGAACGUGCGCUUCGACGAGUACGUCGAGAAGAGCAAGAUUGGCCAGAACAGGCGCCUGCUGUGGCACGGCUCGCGCGCGACCAACUUUGGCGGCAUCCUCAGCCAGGGCUUGCGCAUCGCGCCUCCGGAGGCGCCCGUCUCGGGGUACAUGUUCGGCAAGGGCAUCUACCUCGCCGACAUGUCGUCCAAGUCGGCCAACUACUGCUGCUCGUACAUCUCGGGCGGCCAGGCGCUGCUGCUGCUCUGCGAGGCCAAGCUGGGCGAUCCCAUGCAGCAGCUGACCAACGCGAGCUACGACGCCGGCAGCAGCGCCAAGAGGGGCGGCAUGGAGAGCACCUGGGGCGUGGGCAUGACGGCGCCGCCCAAGUGGAUGGACGCUGGGGUUGUGCACGAGAGCCUCAAGGGCAUCCAGAUGCCCGAUAUAAGCGAAAAGCCGUGUGCGACGAAUGUAGACGGCGCGUAUCUGAUGUACAAUGAGUUCAUCUGCUACGAUGUCGCCCAGGUGAAGCUGCGGUAUCUCUUCCGCGUCCAGAUGUAG